UUGAAAACAUCAGGGUGAGUUAAGGCAUAACGACACCGUUUGAAUCUCCGCCGAGCGAACCAUAAUCCUUCUUGCUUCCGGCUGCUUUAGCAUAGGUGAAAGUUCUGAUUAUUAUUUUCUAGAAAAAUGGGAAGUCUAUCUAUCUUGCCUCUCUCUUUCUCUUGUGCGCUGAGACCACGGAAACCCCAUCUCUCAAACUCCAUUUCAUGGCCUCGUGCUUCUUCACAUUUCCUCAAAAUGGCAAAAAUUGGCACCAAAAUUGUCGUUUUUGGAGCAAAGUCAAGUGACCCAAAAGAGUCCAUGUUCAUGGAUGAAAAGGGUGUUAUUGAUGACAUGGAUGGCUAUCUCAAUUACCUCUCUCUCGAGUAUGAUUCUGUUUGGGACACCAAGCCUUCCUGGUGUCAACCAUGGACGAUAACAUUGACUGGAGUAUCAGCAAUUGCUUGUAGCUGGCUAAUUUUGCAUUCACUCUUAUUUACAACGAUCAUACUGUUAUUAGUUUGCACUUGGUGGUACAUAUUUCUGUAUUCUUAUCCCAAGGCAUAUGUAGAUAUGAUAGCCGAGCGAAGAAAGAGGGUGAUGAAUGGUGUUGAAGACACAUUUGGUGCAGAGAAAAGCCAAUAACUACCAAGGAGCUUCUGUAAAUCUCUUUUAAUUAGAUGCUCAGUGACACUC